UUUGCUCACCUCGUCGCCGCUCUAUCAUCACGACUCUUCUUAUAACAGCAUCGUCGCGGUUCUUCUGUUAGUCGCACGAAGCUUGGCACCACCGGCCGACAACUGACUAUAGCUAAAUCGAUGGUCACGUCGAGCUUUCGAUCAACGACGUUCUUAUUGAUAUUGGUAUUAUUACUGGCAACACUUGUACGAGCGAGCUCUUCAGGUUCAGAACACUUCGAUCCGAACGACCUCAAUUGGACUUCUGCUGGAGAAGAGCUUUCGACCAUGUUGGCCUACUCGCAAUACAACAGCGGCAUGGCUGCCUCACCCAUGGCGAGUGGGCUGUAUCGUUCUGGUCCUCAACCCAUACCACGACCGCGACCCAUCCCAAACCAGCGCAACGUGACAGACUAUCUUCCCCAAUAUCUCAUGGAAACCUCAGGUCUCCGGCCGCAGCAGGAUCUCAUGCAGAUGCAGCGACUAUCAACAAGCGCACCUUCCAUUGUUCAACCCGAACACGGAUUCAUGCCUGGCAACAUGAAUCAUCCCACAAUGAUCCCGUUCGCUGGCCAUCCGAACCCUUCGAUGAACGGUCAGCACUUUGGGCAAGCUAUGCAGGCUCCAACUUUGUUCACGGCGAACUUUCCGGCGCCAUACUCAGACUUACGCGGUAUGAAUGCUACACCACAACAGUUCAAUACCAAUCAGCACUACAAUGCUGAUCUUACACAAUUAUUCCCGGAAUUGCCGGAAUUGACAGAGCCCGCGCGAACGGCACCACAGCAGCCCCAGGUCUCGCAGUAUGAGACGACUCCUCCGUUUCCGGUGACGAGCGGUUCACAGGUUUUAUCGAAUGAGAAUCUAGACAAUCAUAACCUUCGUGUCGACUCGCUGCCGCUCGAACACAUGCACGGCUGGCUGGGCAGGGCAACAGCUGCUGGUGUACGAAACAUGCCGCGACUGGAUACAAACCGCCUCGUUCCUCCUCCCGUCUCCGAUGCGCACCUCUCGCCAACCUCUGCCUCAUCACCUGGAUCCUCGGCCUCAAGAUCUCCACGCCGCACGAAGGAGGAAAUGCUUGUUGGCGAGAUCAGUUGCAGCCACUGCGACGCAGCUUUCAGCACACAAGGUGACUUGACGCAUCACCUGCGUUCGCACCAGCCGUAUGCGAACCGCAGCCACGUCUGCCCGACCUGCAACAAGCGAUUUCAGUACCGAAAGGAUCUGGCGCGACACGCUCCUCGCCACGAUCCGAAUCGACAACGCUUCUACUGCAAGCAUGCGGGCUGCAAAUACCAUUCCAAGGGAUUCGGCAGACAGGAUCAUUUGGACAGACAUUUGGCUACGCAGCAUCGAAUGGAGUCGUAGUGAUUGGACUUCGAGAUAUUUUUUGCUAUGCUUCGACACACGUACAACGACGGCAUGACUUUCAGACUGACGAUUGGCAAAGAUGCAACACUUUGAUUUCUACACAGCACUAUACCCUUGUAAUUUGCACAUGAUUGGCGCAAAGAGGAAACGGAUGGAACACGGCAUUUAGAGGCUGCAUUGGGCGGGCAUGGACGGCGUUUUGAGAUACCCCAGAUGUACGAUAGAUGCAUCUACACUACUUUGUUUCGCAUUGCGACGCAGAUUUCCGCAAUACACUCAUGAUUUUUACCCACUCUAUCAGCCUUACAACCCAG